GGACACUACUUAUCUUGUUUAUCCACAAAAAGACAUGGAUGCAGAAUUAACUCAGAAGCGUAAGACCUCUGUUACUUUUGAUCUGCCGGCAGAACAACAAGGUGACGAGGAAACUGCCCAAGAGCUGUUGUCACCAUGCGCUACAUCACCUACCAUUGAUAUUCAUGCUCAGAUUGUACCUGAUACUAUGCUUGUUGCUUUAUUUGACCGUGCAUCUGAAAUGAAAGAACUUAUUCAUUAUAACAAAACGUUCUUUUUAGCUCUAAAGUCUCAUCUUGGUACAAAAUGGCCUCGAUUUGAAAACACAUUGUAUUGCGAACGCCAAAAAAUGCCUGAUUAUGAAUGGAUGAAGCGUAUUUCAAAAGCAUUACAGGCUGUACCUUCAUUGCUCGAGAAAUUCAAAGAAUUAGUAGGCUAUUUGGGUGAGGAAGAAGAGGAAGAAGAAGCAGCAGAUACCGCAAGUGAUUAUUUCUUUUCGCAUGUGCCUAUCAGUCGUAUCCGAAGAAUGCCUCAAAGACUUUCAAAAGAAUCUUAUCCUCAGUUCUUUAUUAAUUGCCAAGAAAGUUUGGGAGAUGAUUAUCAAGCAUUUUAUGAUCUGUUGUUCACAAGUCCUGAUCAACUCGAGGAUCAUGCUUGGGAACAACAAAUGCACGAACGCUUAAAAUCCCGUAAAAAUAUCUUAGAGCAACUGCAGGAGAUUGUUGCAUAUGAAAUAGAAGAAGAGGAAUAACAAUAAUAAUAAAAAAAAAGCUCGCUUAAAUUUG